AUGACUUCCCUGUCCGGUUACGAUGCCUUCCUCGAGCUCGCCAAGCGUGCGGACGAGUCCAAGAACUAUGAGGCGGCGAUUCCGCAACUCAACAAACUGCCAGAGCUGCUGAAGCACUGGAGCGCCACCAAGGAGCAGAGCCGCACCCUCUACCUCUUGGCCUAUCGAAUUUUUAGCGGCGCCCACAGACAGGUGGAGGCCUACGAGAGUCUGGUGCGGCACCUGGCGAUGACGGAGGAGGCCUCGGGAGAGGACACCUCCGCUCUGGCGGUGCAGGCCGCGGUGGAGGCCAUCCGCCUUCCGCAAGUGGUGCAGCUGGACGGCCUUCUGGGCCUGCCCGCCAUCCAGCAGCUGGCCACGUCGCAGCCGCAGCUGUUUGCCCUCCUCAAGAUCUUUGCCGAGGACUCCCUGUCGGCCUACACGCAGUUCCACCAGUCCCACCCCGGCUUCCUCGAGUCCGUCGGGCUGACGCACGAGGAGUGCCUGCGGAAGCAGCGAGUGCUGGCGCUGGCCGGGCUGGCUUCCGGGCGGGAAGAGCUCAGCUACGCGCAGGUGGCGCAGGAGCUGGGCGUGGAGGAGGGCGAGGUGGAGGCCUGGGUCAUCGAGGCCGUCGGCGCGGGCGUGGUGGACGCGCGUCUCGACCAGACGCGCCGCGUGGUGCUGGUCAACCACGUCACCUUGCGCACCUUCACCGCCGAGCACUGGCAGCAGAUGAGCUCCCGCCUGGCCCUGUGGAAGGACAACCUGGUCUCCCUCCUCGAAGUCGUGCAGCAGAACAAGAAGCUCGCGGCCUAA